UAAAAAUUUUGAAAUAAUUUUCUACUCGGCUGAAAAAUGUCGUUCCUAUUGAGGCAGUUGAUAAAGCCGGGGCUGCAAAGAAAUCUACUGCAGUCGGCGGUUGCAAGCCGGCAUGUCGCUUCGGCCAAUCCCGAACAGAAGAUACAGGUCAGUGAGAGCUGCUUGAAACGUUUGCGUGAGAUCUGCAUCGAUGGCUCGUUCCUGCGCAUAACCGUCGAGGGUGGCGGCUGCUCGGGAUUCCAAUACAAGUUCGAUCUGGACUCAAAAAUGAACGAGGACGACCUGCAGUUUGGCGAGGAAAAGGCCAAGGUGGUGAUUGACACCGUAUCGCUGGAGUACUGCACUGGCUCGACCGUGGACUAUCACAGCGAGCUGAUACGAGCGGGUUUUCGCAUGGUGGCCAAUCCGUUGGCCGAGCAGGGCUGCUCUUGCGGCUCCUCCUUCUCAGUUAAAAUGUAAUGGUACUGUUAAACGUUAGUGAAUUAUUUAAUACAUAUAUAUAUAUGUUCA